UUUCAUUGUUAGUCCAUCACUAAUGCAUUUCUCAUAUAAAAUGACGCCUCCACCGCCAACAAAUUUAAAUACAAUUGUGAAAUUGAACCAUAACGCAUUUAAGCGCCAUGACUACCUUCGGAGCUGAAGUGGAUCAGGUUUGGCCAGCGGUCAUCGGAGAUCGUCAGCCACUAACUGAUUUUGGACGUAAAUUGCUAAAAGAUUGCCGGCAGGUGAAGAAGCCUGUUGCUGGUGAUGAUGAUCUGCGCGAGCUGAUGGACAGGUCUAGGGAGUUUCCCCUGGAGUUUGGCGUGGAGAGCGUCCGCGUAAAAAGGCAAUCUCCCCAGCGGAUGGGCGCGAUUAACGAGCAGGUGUCCUCCGUUUAUCCGGUGAUACAUGAACGUACUCUGGGCCUCUAUCUGCAGUACCUGGAGCACAAGUGUCGUUGGGGAAAUUCCGUGGAGAAGCCCAUCUACCAGCCUCUUUCCCUGUGCGGGUUUGUGCAACGCCUGCUGGAGAAGCGCUGCGCCAGCUUCUUUGCCCGCAAUGACAAGUUCCUGCUGCUCAGUGGCGAGACCGGUGCCAGUGGCUUCGAACCGGUGGGCACCCCGGAAGAGAAGGCACCUUUAGUGCUAGCCAACGUGCUCAGUUACGACGACGUCAAGCUGUCCGCCCUGCUCUCCGUGAGUUCCCACACGGAGUUCAUCAACGAGGGCGAGCGGGCCAAUUGCGGACGCGUCGAUCCGAAGUCCAAAACUCUGCAACAGAGCGGGGUCAUUGUGGGCAUGAUUGGAGCCCGGCUGUCGCGACGCAAUCUCAUGGAGUUCCAGGACAUUGUGAUAGCACGCCAGCAGAACACUGCGGAACGGGGCUACGGGAUGGCCUUGGAUAAACCAGCCGGAACGCGGGAAGAGGAUUAUCGGCGCCUGUGGCGCGGAUUCUAUGCCACACGUGACCUCAUUCACGGCGAGGCCACCAUUGACAACCGGCGGUUUGGGCCCUCCAAAAACAAGCAGGACGUCUUCGACAAUCUAGUGAUGAAACGGCGCUACGCCAUCAGCUUCGAUAUGCUGCUCCUGGAAGCGCAGGCGAGGGCUCAGCAGGUCGGCAAGCUGACCUACAUCCAUGUGGUGGGCUUCGGCUUGGGCGUAUGGAAGGCGGCUCCCCAGCAGGAGCGCAUCUUUCUGGAGGCCUUCGAGCAGCGCAUGCGCACGCUGGGAAAGCGGCUUAGUAACGUGGGACUUGUGCACUUCUCCUGGUUCUCGAUCACCGACUGCGGCGGCUUGCGAAACGGGUCGCUGGUGAAGAUACCAGGCCAUCCAGCAGGCGGCAUCAGGGUGCUCAUAUCCAAGCGCAAUCCGGCACAGAAGUUGAGUGACCCCGAGCACGCGGACAUGCUGCUCGUGGUGUCCUACGCAUGGGAUGGUAACGCUCUGCCUGGAAACGAGUUUUGGAUGAAAAUGCUCAAGUCCACGGGGGACUCCUCGACGGCCUGCUCCACAUUGGUGGCCGAGCUGCAUAAUCCGCACAUCAACACGGUCUUCUGCAACGGGAGCAACCUGCACAUCGCCUCCCUGGAACAUGGCGUGCUCCACAUUGCAGAGUACGCCAAGCGGGUGAUCAGCAGCCAGAGUGACACCUAAAGAGAUACGCGAAUCUGUCGACUAUCUAAUCUUAUCUAAUCGUGUGUGCGUAGCUACUGUUCUUUCCACACUUGCUGUAGGUCAAUUCCGUGACCUUUUGACGGAAGCAUGACAAGGAUAAUCCCAUCAUAUAACCAUUUUAAAAAUAGUUUAAAGCAGCUAAGAGCUUCUCAAAACAUCAAAUGCAAUAAAAUAGGUACAUUGGUUCAACCAG